GUUCUCCCUGUGGUCCUCCGGCUCCUUCGGCUGUGUUUACCUCCCAGCCCAGCGCUGCUGUACUGUGGCCAGCUGGACUCCAACCACCCUCCGCAGCCUCAACUAGCCUGAAAAAUACUGAUGUAAUCUGCCUCGUGUCCAAUCCUUCGUGGAUUUCCCGCAGUGCCGUGUGUUCGUGACACCGUAGCAGAGUUGUGAUGAAUAAGGAAAUCAUGUCACGUGUGGUGAAGAAGAGGCAGGCGGACCCCAAGGUGGUCCAGUAUGUGUGGGCCGCCAUUGAAGUCAUCCGCAACCAGAAACAAAUCGCAAACAUGGACAGGAUCUCAAAGUAUCUAAGCCGUGUGUUUGGAAUGCACCCCAAGGAGACGGCCCGACAGCUGAGCCUGGCCGUGAAGGACGGGCUGGUGGUGGAGACCCUGACAGUGGGCUGCAAGGGCUCCAAGGCCGGGAUCGAGCAGGAGGGAUACUGGCUGCCAGGGGAUGAGAUGGAGCCGAAAGCGGAGGGAAGCAAGGACUGGGAGGCGGAGAGCCACGACUGGUACUGUUUCGAGUGUCAUUUACCAGGCGACAUCCUGACCUGCGACAACUGCUUCCGGGUUUAUCACCUCAAAUGUCUGUCAGAGGAGUGUAAGCCCCGAGACGGAGGAUCCCACUGGCAGUGUGUUGCCUGCAGGGGUAGUAAAAAGAAGAACCUGAAUAAACAGGAGAUGAGUAAAUAUCUGCGCUUCAUCGUCCAGCGUAUGAAGGAGAGGGCGGUCGACCUAAACAAGAAAGGCAAAGACACUAAACAUCCCAUGUACAGACGACUGAUCCACACUGCACUGGACGUCGCCAACAUCCAGGAGAAUCUGUCUGAAGGAAAGUACAAAACCUUCGAGGAGUUCAAAGCAGACGCUCAGCUGAUCGUUCACAACACUGCCAUUUUGUACGGAGUUCACAGUGAUCAGGCAGAAAUCGCACGAUUGCUGUUCAGUGACACAUGCCACGAGUUGAAUGAGUUGUUGUUGUGUAAGAACUGUUUCUACCUGUCGAACGCCCGGCCCGACAACUGGUUCUGUUACCCCUGUAGUCCCAGUCAUGACCUGGUCUGGGCCAAGAUGAAAGGUUUUGGAUACUGGCCGGCCAAAGUCCUCCAGAGGGAGGAAAACCAGGUGGACGUUCGCUUCUUUGGACAUCAGCACCAGAGAGCGUGGAUCCCCUCAGACAACAUCCAGGACAUCAAGGUGAGCGUCCAGCAGCUGCAGGUCAAGCGCAGUAACGGCUGGAAAAAGGCCUGCGAGGAGCUGGAGGUGUACCAGCGCUUCCUGAGGGAGGGACGCUUCUGGAAAACUAAGAUGGAGGAGGGCAGCCAGAGUCAGAACCAGAACCAGAGCCAGCGGCAGGAGGAGGGCAGCAGCAGGACGGAGCGGCUGGAGAGGACGGACGAAGCAGAGUCCAGCAUCUCCUCAACAAGCAACGAACAGGUCCGACAUCUCAAAAGCAGCCAGGAGCCCAAAGCAAAGAAGAGCCGUCGGACUCCACUGGUCGAGCCCAAAGAAGAAGUCAGUGACCCAGAGCCAGAGAUGGAGGCGGUCAGCUCCAGUCAGGAGAUCCCAGUGUCCUCCGCGCCUCAGCAGCCGGAGAAGCUGUCGGUUUCCACGCAGACAAAGAAGGCGAGCGGAGGGUCGCCGCGUACGCUGCACCGCGGCACCCAGACCAACAGCGACGGCGCCUGCCAGAACAUGUGCCACGAAAAGUACACCAAGGUGUUCAACGACGUCAAGGAGAUGAUGAAGGCAGACAACAAGAGGGAGACGGAGCGGGUGGUCCGGGAAGCACUGGAGAAGCUGCGUGCGGAGAUGGAGGAGGAGAAGCGCCAGGCGGUGAAUAAAGCAGUGGCCGGAGCUCAGGCCGAGAUGGAGAGGAAAUGUAAGCAGGUGAAGGAGAAGUGUAAAGAGGAGCUGGUGGAGGAGGUGAAGAAACUGGUGGCCCAACACAAACAGCUCAUCUCCCAGACCAAGAAGAAGCAGUGGUGUUAUAACUGCGAGGAGGAGGCCAUGUAUCACUGCUGCUGGAACACCUCGUACUGCUCCAUCAAAUGUCAGCAGGAGCACUGGCACGCCGACCACAAACGAACCUGCCGCAGGAAGAGAUGAACAAGCCCCGCCCCUGCAGCCCUACACAGCACGCCAUUGGCUCCUCCCCCCUCCUCCUGCUGUCAGUCAGUGUCUCCAACACACACAUACACACACUUCCCUCUGCUUCUCUAUUGCCUUCCUGAAAACUUUGUGGACCCAACGUUUUCUGCGUGAAACGAGCAAUUUGUUCCUUUUUGUUCCGUUUGUAUUAUUUAAUGUACCCAUUGUUUUGGUUUUAAUUUCUCUAUUUUUUUUUUUCUUUUUUCUCCUCUGAGUCGUGAACAGAUUUGCUCAAAGUGGGGCUCGAAUGCAGAGGAUGAGUUUGUGCUGUUGUUUUUUUUUUCUUUACUGAAGUGCUAAUUUUGAUCUCGUGUCAGAGAAUGUGUUAUUUAAGUGUGUAGUAACAGAUGAGCAUUAACUGAAUACAUUUUAUUACCUGAAUUUUUUAAAAGAAUCACCUUUUCUUACUGUAAAUGCAACGAGUACAAACACACCGUCGAUCUUACACACAUGGUUUGGCUGCAUUAAACUAACUCUGCUUUCAUAGAGAAAAAACACUUAAAAAGGACAAAAAACUGCGUAAGAUAUUAAGUUGUGAACGCCAUGACUCACAGACGUUAAUGUACAUUAGUUUUGUUUUUUGUUUUUUUUUCAUUAAAUGUUGCGGUGGAAGCACCUUUUAUCCUUUCUACCUAAAAUCUUACUGUCCUUAUGUCACUUAUUGGGAACAGGGUUACAAAGUCGGCCUUAGAGGACGCCGACCGAACAAAUCUUCCAUAUAUUAUUAUUCUAAUUAAUAUUAUUAUGCACAUAUUUGGGUUGUUUUUUAUUAAAACUAGUUUUUAAUUUGUUCUAAAUUGGGGUUAUGUGUCUUUCCUGAGCUGGAUCAUAGAGAGGUUCCAUGAGCUGACAUUUUUUCACGUUUUUUGCACACUUUGACGAUUUUCAACCCAAAUUAUUGUAAUAUUGCCAAAAAAAAUAAUCACUCCGGUGAGUCCUCCUCCUCCUCUUCCUCCUCCUCUUCCUCCUCCUUUUCCUCUGCCUCUUCCCACUCCUACUCCUCCUCCUCCUCCUCCGCCCUCUCACCUGGUAAAAAAAAGAUUCUGUAUAUUUUCCCGAGCGUCGUCGGUGUCAUUUUUUUUCUAGUGAUGUACACUCGAACUCUUUCCUUUCGACCUGAAGUGACUAGUUCUGAGACUCUUUCACUGCUUAUGCUGUAGUUGGUGGUCAGUGCCUGUUUCUCUCUUUCUGUUCUCAUCUUUAAGGCUACAUGCAUGUUACUAGUUUCACCGUUUUUGUCUUUUUUUCAUUCAUUACGUAAUAAAGAAAAACAAAAAAAAUUAAAUAAAAUGAUGAACCUGCAGCUUGGAGCGCUGCAACGACGGAUGGACCAAUAUAAAACUUUAUGCAAAUGUGAAUGAUCAGACUCUUUUGUAACAGUUUCUCCUGCGCUGAUGUCGAGUGUCGGUCGUGUAUAAAUAUUGGUGCUUGGGUUUGUUUUGUUUUUUCUAAGGGGCGAUCAGAUUGCCGGGGUCUGAUUUUAAAUUUUAUUUUAUUUUAUUUUUUUUUCUUUGUGAAGUGUGACGCUUUUAAAAUCUGUUUCCUCAGUUAUGAAGGUUCACUGAACGGAGGAAAAUAAUUCAGCUACUCUGUGCAGAUGCAUUUUGUCUGUAUUCUGUUGAGCAUGAUGUUUAAAUAAAACACCGUAAAUUCUCAAAUAGUGCGCAAGGCCUUUAUUUAUCUCAA